AUGCACACUCAGCAUCAUCAUGUCGCUCACGAAAAUUCCACUGGCACACGAACCUACUCGCGGAAAGCCGACAACCUGGCCCAUACGAGUUGUACGGUCCUUGAAGAUGUAUAUCCGCGUGGGCUGGCAACUGAAAGAUCGCGCUGUCUCGGGUAUAUAAGAGCGUCGCGACACCUCGAACCGAGCCAGCAAUCCCCAAUACCAGUCCAGUCCUCGAACCGUACACACUUUACUGAAGUCUACACAAUCAUCGCAAAAAUGAAGACCAGUGUGUGUGUGCUGCUGGCGAUGGUGGUCGUCGUGACUGCUCAAAUAAAUUAUGACAUCCUAAGAAAUCUCAGCCAGAAUGAGAUCCAGCAGCUGACCAGCCCAGCAGGCCUCGAUGCUCUAAUUUUCUGUACGAAAAAUAAAAUCUUUUCGCCAACGAAAGACUGUUCUGCAAAGAUGAUUGGACUCCUACGUGUACUGCCGGAACUCGUCGCCAAUGGAUGUAACGGUUGCACCACUGAGGAGAAGAGUAAAUUCCAACAGAUCGUCCAAGAAACCUUCACUACACACAAUCAAAAGGCAACCGUCCUCCGUGAACUUUGGAGUGUGUAGGUUUGAGUUUGGUGUGUACGAUGUGGUGUCGAGCGGCAGAGUACCGUGCCCCACACACUCAUUCUAUGACGAUGAACACUACGGAGUAAUGGCACUCACCAAUCACCCCUCUUACUCCUGCCUACAAGAUUCGUCAUGUUUUUAAUAGUGUUAUAUUUACACCUGUGAUUUGCUUUCACUUUGUUUUGAUAUCAAUAAGAAAAAUCCUUGCCUGCAGCUUAUGCAUAAAAAAAAUACUGAAAAUAAAAUCAUCUCUAUA